UACAGCCAUCGAGUGCGGUGGUUUCGCUGCUUAUUCACAAUUUUCUUCAAGUCUUCUGUUUUGAUCGCUACGUUCACUGUUGCUUGUGCUAACCACAGGAACCGCAUCAUAUAUAUAUAUACACCAUAUACGACCAAGCCAUGGCGGACAGCAACGGUGAUUCAAAAAUGACUCAACAGGGGCCCGCCUUCGACUCGAAUGCGAUGACGCUGACGCGUUUUGUCCUGCAGGAACAGCGCAAGUUCAAGGAAGCAACUGGAGAUCUGUCCCAGCUGCUGAAUUGCAUACAGACAGCCAUCAAGGCGACUGCAUCCGCAGUGAGAAAAGCUGGCAUAGCCAAGCUGCAUGGAAUCGCUGGGGAUAUCAAUGUGCAGGGCGAGGAGGUAAAGAAAUUGGAUGUGCUGUCGAAUGAGCUCUUCAUCAAUAUGCUGAAGUCAUCCUACACCACCUGCCUGAUGGUCUCCGAGGAGAACGAGAAUGUCAUCGAGGUGGAAUCGGAUCGACAGGGUAAAUAUAUUGUUUGCUUUGAUCCGCUGGAUGGUUCUUCGAAUAUUGAUUGCCUCGUCUCGAUUGGUUCAAUCUUUGCUAUUUAUCGGAAGAGGAGCACGGGGGUGCCCACCGUACAGGAUGCACUGCAGCCGGGUAAUCAGCUCGUUGCUGCCGGGUAUGCGCUCUACGGCUCUGCGACAGCCAUUGUCCUGGGUCUGGGUAGCAGCGUGAAUGGGUUCACCUACGAUCCGGCUAUUGGUGAGUUCAUUCUAACCGAACCCAAUAUGCGUGUGCCAAACAAGGGCAAGAUCUAUUCGAUCAAUGAGGGCUAUGCAUCCGACUGGGAUGCGGGCGUCUACAACUACAUCGCUGCAAAGAAGGAUCCCAGCAAGGGAAAGCCGUACGGCGCUCGCUACGUCGGUUCCAUGGUGGCCGAUGUGCACCGUACUAUCAAAUACGGCGGAAUCUUCAUCUAUCCGGCCACCAAGUCGUCGCCCAAUGGCAAACUUCGUCUACUCUACGAGUGCAAUCCCAUGGCCUUUCUCAUGAUCUUGGCUGGCGGUCUGGCCAGCGAUGGCAAGAUCAGCAUACUGGACAUUGUGCCCAAGAAAAUUCACGAGCGUAGCCCCAUCUUCCUAGGCUCCAAAGCUGAUGUGGAGGAAGCGCUUAGCUACCUAAAGUGAAUCUCCUGUCUGAAUAAAUGUUUUUUAAAUAUUCUA